GGGAGCCCACAUUUGCUGUGUUUCAGUCUCCUUAUGUUCCCUGCUUGUCUGAAAGGCAGAAAAGCUGCAGGGCGUAAGGGGAGGGUGAUGGAGAAUGUUGUCAAUAUUGCAGAGACUCUGGUCAAUACUGGUUGCUGUUGAUGGUUGAGAGUUAUCCACCUAGGCAGGUGACACACAGGAAGAAUGUGUCAGGAGAACAUAAGGCAACGCAGACCCCCUCUUCCUUCAACCUGUUACCAACUGAACGGCUGCUGUGGAACAAGAAGAAGAAGAAACAGAAGACCACAAGUGAAAGCCAGGACCAGCCGCAGCAGCAAGUCCCAGUGGUCAGCAAUAUCAAGGGGAGCACUUCCUAUGCAUCACAGCCCAGAGCCCCCAGCAUCCCUAGGACAGCUGUCACAACCCAGGACAGUAGGAAGAAAAUGUCCAGCGUGAGCGUGAGGCAGUACAGUGAGGUGAGAGGAAAGCAGGAUGAGGCUGUGCUGGAGCCAGAAGGGAAGUGGGACAGCAUUGGAGAGGUGAAGCCUCAACUACUGCCAGAGGAAAUCCACUUACUAGACCAGGAUCAGCUACCCCCAGAGGAAAUCCACUUAGCAGACCAGGAUCAGCUAUCCCCAGAGGAAAUCCAUUCAGCAGACCAGGAUCAGCUAUCCCCAGAGGAAAUCCAUUCAGCAGACCAGGAUCAGCUAUCCCCAGAGGAAAUCCAUUCAGCAGACCAGGAUCAGCUAUCCCCAGAGGAAAUCCAUUCAGCAGACCAGGAUCAGCUAUCCCCAGAGGAAAUCCAUUCAGCAGACCAGGAUCAGCUAUCCCCAGAGGAAAUCCACUUUCCAGAGGAAAUCCACUUUCCAGACCAGGAUCAGCUACCCCCAGAGGAAACCCGCUUACCAGGCCAGGAUCAACAGGAGGCACUGGAGGAUGUGGCUGUGGAUGAGGGGACAGACACUGAGAAGAAUCUGAGCUCUGACCUGGCCACAGUGGUGAACUACAUCUCAGAGCCAGAGGACUUGCUGUGUCUUGCUGCUGUGGAUGAUGCCUCUCUGGCUGCCCUUCCUCUGCCAUUGUCAGAGCCUGACAUCUUCAUGGAGAACCAGGCCUUGCUGCUGGAGAGAUGCCCUACUCCACCCGAAUAUUCCCCAGACCCUACCUUAGAGUACAAAGAUGACACCGAGGACAUAGAGUCCAUCCUGGAAUCUAUCACCAGCAAGGUCCUGACCAGCACUGAGAGGCUAGAAAACUCAGGACACAUGGGAGGUAAGGGCAGGUCUUUUUCUUUGGAAGAAACUUAGAAAUCUCUGGAAGCA